AUGUCAAUAAUUAUUGAAACUUCGCUGGGGGAUUUAGAGAUUGAUCUAUAUACAGACCAGUGUCCUAAUGCGACAAGGAAUUUCUUGAAACUUGCUAAAGCUAAAUAUUAUAAUGACUUAAGAUUUUAUGAAGUCCAUAAAAACUUCUUGGCAAAGACUGGAGAUCCCUCUCACUCAGGGAAAGGAGGGUGAAGUAUCUAUGGACUUCUCGAUGUUUUCUCAAGUUUAGAGAAAAAGCCGGAGUAUUUCUCAGAUAUAGAUUAUUCACUACAAGUAAAUGCCGAAAGGAGGUAUUUUGAGGACGAAACUACAAAAGAAAUCAGGCACAAUAAGAAAGGAUUACUUGCAACUUCUAAUAAAGGACCUCAUAGGAACGAAUCUGGGUUCUACAUUACUCUUUCAGAUGAGCCAGCUCCUUAUCUUGAUGGCAAGCACACUAUUUUUGGAGAAGUGGUGGAUGGAGACAAUGUACUGGAAGCAAUAAAUGAUGCUUUGUUGAUGGACAAAGAUGGGCAAACUGUUGAUGACAAGGGAGAACCAUAUCAGGCUAUAAGAAUCAAGCAUAUCCUUAUUAUUGAUGAUCCAUUUGAUAACCCAGAGGGGCUUAGAACUCCAUCCCAAUCUCCUGAGCCGAAAAGGAACCUUGAUAAUGAUGAAGAAGCCAAAUUUGUUGAUGAUAAUGUUGAUUUGAAGCAACUUCUAUCAAUGACUGAGGGGGGAACUGAGGAAGAAAUUGAGAAAUUUACUCAAAGAAAAAUAGCGAAAUCUAGAGCUCAUGUGCUCGAAAUCUUAGGUGAUCUUCCUGAAGCUGAAAUUGAGCCUCCUAAGAAUGUGCUCUUUGUUUGCCAAUUAAACCCUGUGACUCAGGAGUCUGAUCUAGAAUCUAUCUUCUGAAGAUUUGGAGAAAUCAAGAGUUGUAAUGUUGUUCGAGAUUGGAAAACUGGUGACUCUUUGCAGUAUGCUUUCAUAGAAUUUGAAAAAGAAGAGGAAUGAAUCAACGCAUACCUCAAAAUGAACAACGUCAACAUCGAUGAAAGAAGAAUCAAGGUAGAUUUCUCUCAAUCGGUCGCUAAAUCAUGGGCAACAUUUAAGAAAAAGCAAUUUCAAGAAGCGGCAAAGGAACUUUUCAAAGAAUAUCAACUCAAGAAGGACAUCGAGCAGGCUAAAGAUGAUCUCGGAGAGAUGACAGGCACAGAGACAGAGACAGAAGAAGAGACAGCCGCGAAAGAAGGCAUCACAGAGAGGAAGUCCAAGAAGCAUAGAAGAAAGAGAUCCUACAGUGAUGAGAGAAGACACAGCAAGCAUAAAAGAUCUCGCUAUUAGCUUCAAUAGUUUUACGUUAA